AUGCCCAACCAACUGACCAUCCCGUUCAAGAAGACGUACACGACCGUGCCAGUCAGAGACGCAGCUGCUGCCUACAUCAGAGAGCACACCGACGACCAUCCUGACGCGUUCCGAUGGGACAUCGAUCAGUGGCACGCCCUCCGCAACGACGCUAUCAACUUCACCGUCCAUGUCGAUCGAGUGCACGUUUUAAUAAAAUACCACGCCCAGCUCGUCUUCAUCCUCACGAAACUGCCUUCGGACAUAAAUCUGGAGAUUCAAUACACAUGCGCAUUUCAACCAAGCGCCCUGCCAAUAUCGCUCAAGAGCGUGACGUUUGAACGAGCCGCCAUCGUCUUCAACUUGGCGGCCUUGUACUCCCAGCUCGCCUUUGCCGAGGACCGCAGCAACAAAGACGGCCUUAAGCGAGCCGCGAACUACUACCAGCAAGCAGCCGGUGCCUUUUCGUACUUGGCAAGCUCGGCACUUCCGAAGCUGGAGGUCCCGCCAGGAUCCGAAGAUGUUCCCCUUGAUCUCACGGAGAAGGCCGCCAGAUCGCUGGAGCUCCUCAUGCUCGCCCAGGCGCAGGAGUGCAUAUGGCAACGCGCUGUCUCCGACAACUUCAAGAACGGCGUGAUCGCCAAGCUCGCGGCCAAGGUCUCGGCGCUCUACGCCUCGUCCUUGGAGGCGCUCCAGUCUGCACCUGCGGACGCACAAUCGAUCUUUCCAUACGGAUGGUUGCGACAUCUGGACGCGAAGCGGUGUCACUUCUCGGCCGCCGCGCAGUACAGGAAGAGCGUCGACGAGCUCGAGGGCAACCGAUAUGGCUCUGAGAUAGCGAGGCUGAUACGCUCGCGUGAGGAAGCCAAGAAAGCGACCAGUGCAGUGAGCUCGGGGGGCGUUGCCCCGCAAGUCCUUCAGGACGCCAAGUCGCUGCUGGACGUCGUGCAGAAGGGCAUUACGCGCGCCGAACGCGACAACGAUCUUAUCUAUCAUCAGGACGUACCAGCUUUUUCAGCUCUCCCCGCUAUUCAAGAAGUGUCUAUGGUUCAAAGCUCGAACAUUGCUGGUUUAUCAGACCCAAAGAACGCCGUGCCGGCGGACUCGGUUCUGUUCGGGAGGAUGGCUGGAUAUGCCGCUCGCGAAGCUAUCAAUAUAUAUGAUCAUAACAAGGAAAGCUUCGUCAAUGAGCACAUAGUAGAGGUUGCGCAGGAGUUGACUGCUGAAUCAGAGAGAGUGCUACACUCACUAAACCUGCCCUCGGCGCUAGAGGCUCUGGAAAAGCCUAUGGGGCUUCCUCCCAGUCUACUGAAGAAAGCAGAAGAAGUUCGAACGGAGCAAGGGCCAGAGCGCAUCGAUGCUGCCAUCGAGAGCAUCCAGACGCUAUCGCACAAUGCCAUGUCGGUUCUCGACGAAGCCAUGGAUAUCCUGGACAGCGAAGCGUCCGAAGACGAGGCUAUCCGCAAGGAGACGCCGAUCGACCGGCUGCCUUCGCACGAGGCGAACCAAGAACUGGUGGCGAAGCAGCAACGGUAUCGGACCAUUCUUAACCAGGCCAACGAUAGCGACGAGGUCGUGCGCCAGAAGUGGGAGCAGUGGGAAGACCACAUUCUCCGUUUGACUUGGGACGAGGAGACGCUCGAAGCGUCCGUGCCGUCCUCGACGGGCAGCCUCUCCACGCGCUCGCAGGGCACGCAGGUGCACGCGCGCCGGCUCCGCGCGCUCCUCGAGUCGCUCGACGACGUCAUACGCACGCGGCAGGACCUCGUCGCGCGCGCGCAGCGGCUCGCUGAGGCGGACGAUGUGCGCCCCGCGGUGAUGCGCGCGGCGGACGCGCUCGACAGCGCGGACGAGGCGCAGCCGGCGGUGUUCCAGGACGUGCUGGACCGCGAGCUGAUGAAGUACGAUAAGUUUAUACAGGGCGUCGAGGCGGGGCGCGGGAGGCAGGAGGAGAUUCUGGAGUCGAUCAAGGCUACGAACGAGGCGUUCCUGCAGUCGAGAAAGUCCGAUGUGUCAGUGAAAGAGCGCGAAGAGUCGCUGCAGUAUCUCGAUUUUGCAUACCACAAGUAUCGUGAGAUUUCGCAGAAUCUGGACGAAGGCAUCAAGUUCUACAACGGUCUUUUGGAUAUCCUCAUGCGGUUCAAGGAGGCGUGCAAGGCCUGGUCGAGCGCCCGGAGCCAAGAAGCACGAUCCUACUCCCGACCGCUGUCUCCGGCAUCGACCCGGGAUAGCUCGAGUCCCGGGCCGUCAGAGCAUGUCAAGCGCUCGCCGACGAAGCGGAAAGGUUUGGGCCUGCCGUCGCUCUCCUCCGGCGAUUGGGAGUCGGACGGUGUGUUUUCCGAGCCUGCGCAGCAUUAA